AUGCUUUCGGAAGUGCAAGUUGAAAAUGCCAUCCACGCUGUUGAAACCAAAAUUCCGUUAAGAAAUUAUUUGUUCAUCACGAUUGAUAUCGUGCGGGAUUUUGUUGAUGAUAAAGAUAGUAUUUUUGUGGCUACCUACGGUCGUGAGGAUGUGGAGCCUAUUUUGCAAGUGCCUCCGAAAAUUAUAGAAUGUUUGAAAUUUUGUAAAGACGAGUUACCCAAUCAUGCAGAGCUGAAAGAUUUGUAUUCAGUUCAACAAUUGUGUUGCCAAUCACAGUACGAAUACAAACAAUUUAAAACUUCUGGUCUUGAAAACUUGUGUGUUACCUCCCAUGGACAAGAAUGCACCAUUCCAAUCGAAUAUUUCAAUUACAGAGUGAUCAAGACAAAAAAUUCAAUUCUCGACGAUUUAAUAACAUUUGAGGAAAUUAAUACAGAAACUACAAUGGAUGACAACAGUCUUUCUUCCAAUCCAAACAAAACACCCAUGGAAAAUUUUCAUACCUUACUUGAAAAGUUCAACAAGAAAGAACAAAGUUUUGUAGUAGUCAUGGGAGUCACAUCAAACUCGUGUGUGAAGAGCUCGUCCUUAGCUUUAGCAAAACUUGGACAUAGAGUCAUCAUUCCUCUCGAUUGUGUGGCCUGCAGAAAAUCGACACAACAAUCGGCCAAUCAAUUUCUAUUACAAGAAACCAAAAAGCCCAAUUCUCGCAUUUCAAUUGUUGAAUCAUGGAGAGAUUUAUUUACUCCUAAUAUUCACCUUUGA